CUGUAGAUUGAAGUUUUUGAGGCGCGCUCGUCAAAAGUAGGCUUGCAGAUGGCGUCCUUAAAGUUGUCAGCUUUAAGUGUGUUUAGCCCUCGGAGUUUUAGUCGCAUUACAGCUGUUCUGACUCCAAAUAUAAAGAGACAUAUAUGUACUACUAUCUCAAUGCAUAUGAAGUUGAAUGAGAUGAAACAUAUACUAAAGGAAAAUAAUAUCCCGGAAGCGGAUAAAAGGCAAAUAGAAAAAGAGGUUGAAGAAAUGACAAAGGAUUGGAUUACCACGGGUUAUCACCAUACUGACAAAAAAGAAGAUACUUUCCUAUCACAGUUUAUGCCUUUCGCUCUUCUUACACUCUGGAUUUUUCCGUUGUUUUUGUUUAUGUACUACUCUCCUAACCGUAGUUUUUCUGAUUGGACUUGGAGAGAAGCAUAUUUGGAGAUAGAAAGACGAAGAAGAGAUGGCCUACCUCUUGUAGAUAAAGAUCUAAUCCCUGCUUCCCGUGUUCAGCUGCCUCCAGUUGAUCAACUCGACCCUGAUUUUAAGAUUAUUAUAUAAACAUUUAUAGUUUAGGAAUUUAUACGCUCGAUAUAGUUCAGCCAGUUGAUUUUAGUUUUUAUUUAUUGACAGUGUAAAUAACUAAACAAAAUAUAAAAAACCCGUUGUGUUUUUAUUUUGAUGUGAAUUAGUGAGAAGUUCUUGCCUUUUUUCUAUUCAACCAUAAAGUCUAUUUUCAACUUGUUUUGGACGUGACUCGAAGGAAUGUGUAAAAUUGAAGAUCUCGUGUUUAAUGCGGCUUAUGCUGUCUGUAUCAUCUAGUAAUGUAAUAUGUUUUAAUGUGUUUUUACUUAGAGUACUGUCCCCACCGUUUAAAUUAAUGACUGACUUCUAUCAUACUGAGUAUGUUGUCGAAUUACUUCUGCAGGUUGUUCGAUGUAUUUUUCGGACA